GGAGGCAACACUGUCGCUCUAUUUCCCGCGCAACAAAAUUUUGCGCGCUGCAGCGUGCUGCCGCGUAAAUUGUUUACAAACGGCGUUAAAUCUCGCUGUAGUGCGUUUCGUACCGGUAAAUCGCGUAGCCUGUAGUUGCGGCAGUCUUCGUGACGAAGGGCUGCCUGUUUCAAAACUUGUGCUGUCGUAAUCGAAGAUGGACUACAAACGGAAGCAGUCGGGGCGACUGAGCUCAUCGCAGCAGAACGGCAUGAAGAAGUCACGCAAACAGAAUGAUGACGACGAUGAGCCGAUGGACUUCGAAGCAGAGCUGGCCCUCAUGGAGCAGCAGCUCAGUGAGGAGCAGGCAAUGGAUGAUGUCGACUCCCAGGAGUCCGUCGCUGGGCCAGCCGACGUGUGCACGAGCGUGCGGUGGGCAAGGCCUCCCCUGGAGGCACCAUGGGACCCCGCGGCGCGCAGCCUCGAAUUCCAGCAGUUGGACCUGGAUCAUUAUUUGGGCGAGCCGCUGCCGGGCAUGCCCGGAAUGAGCCAUGGCCCCAUCCCCAUCGUGCGCAUGUUCGGCGUCACCGAUGACGGACACAGCGUGCUCUGCCACGUGCACGGUUUCCUGCCCUACUUCUACGUCGAGGCACCUCCGAACUUCCGCAAGGAGCACUGCUGGGCCUUCAGGGAAGCACUGAACAAGGCGGUUUUGAAGGACAUGCGAUCCAACAAGAACCAGUUGACUGACACAGUUGUUGGCAUCGACAUGGUCCUAAAACAGAGCAUCUAUGGCUACAACAGCAAGGGCAAGACGCCCUUCCUCAAGGUCACCAUGGUUCUGCCCCGGCUCAUCGCACCAGCCAAGCGUCUGCUGGAGACGGGCAGCGUGUCCGUGGAUCCUUACGGGGCGCCCAGUUACCGCAUCUUUGAGAGCAAUGUUGACUUUGAGAUCAGGUUCAUGGUGGACACGCACGUGGUGGGCUGCUGUUGGAUCGAACUGCCACGGGGCAAGUACAGUGUCCGGGAUGAUCGCACCCGGGUGUCACGGGCACAGAUCGAAGUGGAUGUGGCAUGGGACGAAAUGGUGUCUCACGCACCCGAGGGCACAUGGGCCCGCGUUGCUCCUCUGCGUAUCCUCAGCUUCGACAUCGAGUGUGCUGGCCGCAAAGGCAUCUUUCCGGAGCCAGAGAAGGACAGUGUCAUCCAGAUCGCCAACAUGGUCAUGCGUCAGGGUGAGAGGGACCCGUUCAUCAGGAAUGUCUUCACCCUCAACACCUGCGCAUCCAUUGCGGGCUGCGAGGUUCUUUGCUUCCAACACGAGCGGGAAUUGCUCAAGAGAUGGUCGGACUUCUUGCGCGAAGUGGACCCGGAUGUCAUCACGGGCUACAACAUCCAGAACUUUGACUUCCCCUACUUGAUGAACCGGGCCAAGACGUUGCAGGUGGACCUGUUCCCAUUCCUGGGUCGCAUCCGCAACUGCAAGACCCUGCUCAAGGAUGCCGUCAUGCAAUCCAAGCAGAUGGGCCGUCGAGAGAACAAGGUGGUCACCAUCGAGGGCCGUGUUCAGUUUGACCUCCUGCAGGUGCUGCUGCGUGACUACAAGUUGAGGUCAUACACGCUGAAUGCGGUCAGUUACCACUUCCUGCAGGAGCAGAAAGAGGACGUCCAGCACAGCAUCAUCACAGACCUUCAGAAUGGCACAGACCAGACUCGUCGCCGCCUGGCCGUCUACUGCCUGAAGGACGCCAUGUUGCCAUUGCGUCUGCUGGACAAGCUGAUGAGUGUCAUCAACUACAUGGAGAUGGCCCGUGUCACAGGGGUGCCCAUGACCUAUCUGCUGUCACGAGGGCAGCAGAUCAAGGUCGUCUCUCAACUGCUCAGAAAGGCUGCGGAGCAGGAUCUUGUUAUGCCAGUGGUGCAUUCGGAGGCGGGUGAGGACUUUGAAGGUGCCACGGUGAUUGAGCCGGCCAAGGGCUUCUACAGUGUGCCCAUUGCAACGCUCGACUUCUCCUCGCUGUACCCGUCCAUCAUGAUGGCGCACAACCUGUGCUACACGACUGUGCUGGACAAUCGGCAGAGGGAGAUGCUCAAGCCGGACCAGUUCAUCCGCACUCCUUCGGGCGACCACUUCGUCAAGGCCUCCGUGCGCAAGGGGCUCCUACCCGAGAUUCUCGAGGACUUGCUCAGCGCUCGCAAGAGGGCCAAGACUGACCUGAAGAAUGAGACAGACCCCUUCCGCAAAAAGGUGCUCGACGGCCGUCAGCUUGCUUUGAAGAUCAGCGCAAACUCUGUCUACGGCUUCACAGGGGCACAGGUCGGCAAGUUACCCUGCCUUGCCAUCUCUAAGAGCGUCACUGCAUUUGGCCGCACCAUGAUUGAGAAGACGAAGCAGGAAGUGGAGGCCCGGUACACGCGGGCCAAUGGGUAUGAGCACGAUGCCAAGGUGAUCUAUGGCGACACCGACUCGGUCAUGAUCCGGUUCGGCACCGACGCAUUGGAGAAGGCCAUGGAGCUCGGCCGUGAAGCGGCAACCUACGUCACCGCCAAGUUUGUACGCCCCAUCAACCUUGAGUUUGAGAAAGUGUACUACCCUUACCUGCUGAUCAACAAGAAGCGCUAUGCGGGUCUGCUGUACACACGGCCAGAGACGUAUGACAAGAUGGACUGCAAAGGCAUUGAGACGGUGCGCCGAGACAACUGCCCCCUGGUGGCCAACCUCAUCAACACCUGUCUCGAGCGCAUCCUCAUUAACAGGGACCCUGAUGGGGCUGUGGAAUUUGCGAAGCAGACAAUUGCUGACCUGCUAUGCAACCGAGUGGACAUCUCGCAACUAGUCAUCACCAAGGAGCUCACCAAGAACGAUGGAGAGUAUGCCGCCAAGCAGGCUCACGUGGAACUGGCACACCGGAUGCGCAAGCGAGACGCUGGCAGUGCUCCAAACCUGGGCGACCGUGUGCCGUACGUGAUUGUGGCGGCGUCCAAGGGCACGGCCGCGUACCUCAAGUCGGAGGACCCGAUGUACGUGCUGGAGCACAGUGUGCCCAUUGACACGCAGUACUACCUGGAGAACCAGCUGAGCAAGCCCCUGCUGCGCAUCUUUGAGCCCAUCCUGGGUGAAUCCAAGGCAGAGUCCGUGCUGUUGCAUGGUGACCACACGCGCACGAAGACUGUGGUGCAUUCCAAGGUUGGUGCCCUGGCAGCCUUCACAAAGAAGAAGAGCACCUGCAUUGGUUGCCGAGCCGUACUGGAAGACCAAAAUUCUGCUGUGUGUAAACACUGCAAGACGAAAGAGGCUGAGAUUUACCUAGUAGAAGUGAACCACCUGAGCAGCUUGGAGUCCAAAUUCUCACAGCUAUGGACCCAGUGCCAGCGCUGCUCAGGGAGCCUUCAUGAGGAGGUGCUCUGUACAAGCCGUGACUGCCCCAUCUUCUACAUGCGCAAGAAAGUACAAAAAGACCUCGCCGAUCAGGAGAAGGUGGUCCAGCGUUUCGGGCCGUCUGAGUGGUGAAAACCAG